CGAGGGAAUACAGAUUUCUACCCGGCACAAGAUCUUUUUAUAGAAUGUUUUAAAUACGGUAGAUUUAAUGAAUGAUGACACUUAAAUGAACAGAGACUGAGGCCGUGACUAUGAUGUACGAAAAUUUUCGCCACACUCAUGGCAGUGGAUCUGGGGCAGGACCCAUUGAAGGCUCAGCAAGGAAUGCAGGAACAGUUGUUCCUGUGUCCAAGAAACAAAGUAAUGGAAGCCUUGACUCUGCAGUCCCAUCAAAAAGUGAACGUCUAAAUUCUCCAAACACAAGUAACUGGGAGCCUGAUGUGCGCAUGCUUCUAUCAACAUCUCAGUGGCUCAAGAUCCAUGGCCUUAAAAGGCACAAGCUUGACAUGGGUCAGAUAUUACCCUCCAUAGGAUUUCGGCAUUCAGAUGAUUAUGUAAGACCUCUUAAGAAACCUGUGCGUGCAAGAUAUUGCAAGGGGCUAUUUACUCAGGUCCCAUUCAGAGAUGGUACUGUCUACAAUCUUGUUGCUAGCAAGGAGAAACUCUGCAUGAUUGAAAGUCAACUCAAGCAAGCCAUAUUGCUUUAUAAACGACGACUGGAAUGGCUAACAACUGAAAGUCGGCGAGUUUUUGGAGUCAUAGAAGAGCGUUGUAUCUGCAUUGUGCUGGAUGUGAAUACAACAAGUGAAUCUGAGUUUAGCACUUAUCUUCAUGGGCUCAUACAAGUACUGAAAGAGCAAGUCAUGUUUAUUGCAAAGUUUAACCUUAUCAGGUGUGCAAUGGAUUCAGAUUGUUGGCAAGAGCAUGCUGUAAAUGUCACACUUGACAGCAUGGAAGGAGCACUCAACUGGAUCUGGGAUCUGAAGACAACAGUUCCUCGCUCUGAAACAUGUACGGUGGAAGGAAUACUCAAGGCAUUGGCUGAUCAACAUAUCGAAGCAGUUUAUCUGUUUACUGAGGGAAAUGCUUCAAGUGGAUCCCAGGAAAUGCUGAAGAGAAAGGUACAUGGAAGCCGUGUACCAAUUCAUGUUGUUUCACUGAACUGCAAUAGCCCUGCAACCAUCACCUUCUUGAAGGACAUUUCCAGAAUAACAAACGGAAGGUUCCAUGCUUAUUCAAUUCCUAAUGAAUACGAAGACAGCUUCAAUAGCUUUACCCAGUCCAUAGAAGUCGAUGGCACCAGUUCACCUCAAGGGCGUGGCAGGGGUGAUGGCAUGCCCUCGUUAAAGCUUGGUGUGGGUGUCAGGGAGGAUGUGAUCACCUUGUGGGAGGAGCUGGAUGAAGCAAGAAACACCCUGGCUGAGAUUCAGGCACUGUUGUGUGAAAUAAAGGAUCCUAAAGAGACACCAGUAUCUACUUCUCCGAAUUCUCUUCCACAAAAUGGUCAAGAAGGGGUCACCCGUUCAGGUCAUACAAAGGGAAAGAGUGAAAUGUACAUGAGUUCAAGAGAUUGGCUAAAGCGUCAUGGUCUUAAGGCCAAAAAACUGGUUUUCUAUGACUUGCUACAGACAUUGGCCUUUAAACAUUGUGACGGAGUUGUAGACAUUCAGAUGGCUCCAGCUGCUUCAGACAGCACUGAUGCUAUUGUACGUCCUAAGUUGGUCAAUGCACGUUACUGUGACAAGUUUGCACAUGUGCGGUGGAAGGACGGUUCCAUUAUGCAUGUUCAUGUCAGCGGACCAAUACACAGAAAUUAUGAACAGAGAGUUUUGUCAGCUUUGGACUCAUAUAGAAAAAGAAUGGAAUGGCUACAGCAAGGCAGUAGAGAACUGUUUGGUACAAUUAUUGAAGAUCAGGUGGCUGUGCUGAUCGACACUUCAGCAUCCAUGGCGUCAAGAUUGUUUCUUGUGAAAGACAAACUGUACAGACUGAUGCAGGAGCAAUUGCGUCACAAGGUGAAGUUUAAUCUUGCCAAAUUUGAUACCAGAGUUCAAGCCUGGAGAGAUCGACUGGUGGACUGCAACACACAUAAUCUGGAUAAUGCGUGGCAGUGGGUGAAAGGCCUUAGUACCGGUGGCUCCACAAACACUCUGGCAGCUCUUAAACUGGCUCUGGCUGAUCCUCAAUGUCACGCAAUCUACCUUCUAACCGAUGGACGCCCUGACCAGCCGCCGUCUUCCAUUCUGGCUCAAGUGCAACUGUUGAACCCAGUCCCCAUUCACGCGAUCUCCUUCAACUGCGCAGAUACUGAAGCUAAUCAGUUUCUCUGCCAGUUGGCAGCUGAAACUGGAGGCAGGUUUCAUUAUUUUUCUGAAGAUGGAUAUGACAUUGAUGGUCCCAGGCCGUUUGAGAGUGAAGACCUACGACUUUUGAGAGAGGAGAUCGAGAAAGGUUUGGCAGAUUUGCGCAAAGUGACGCUGAUAAGAAAUGAAUGUGCACAACUUGAUUGGUUUGGAUCCAAUACUGGACGAUGCUCCAAGAGCCACCCAAGAUCGGCGAGCGCGUCUUCUCACAGGCCGUUCUCGGCGAAACACUCCAUGACCCCAUCUCCACCCAGCUCAGAACGCUCAGGUAAUGGCAGGAUUCGGCCGGCCUCUGCAAGGCCUCGCCCAGCUAGUGCCAGACCACGCCCAGCCAGUGCAAGGUUAACGUACAGCAGUCACAAGGACUACAUCGUCAACACUGCCUGCCGGGAUAUCCCGCAGUCUCCGUCUCCGUCCCAGAUCUCCAGAGGUUUCAAAGUGGGAGAGACGAGGACGAGUCAAAUGAGACUGAGUCUGAGCAGGAAAACAACUGAUUCUUGGAUGCUUCAAGAGACGAGAGAAUACGUCGCCAAGAAGCCUGAAGAUUUCAAGCAACGCCAGCCAAAACGGAAACCUAAGAAGAAGAAUGGGUCAAAAUCAAAUGGCGACCAAGACGACGAGGACUUGACAGUUAAGAAAUGGUUAAAGAAACACGGUCUUGUAGCUAGAAAGCUGACUAUCCUGGACGCCUUAGCACCCACUGUCAUUCCACACAGUACCAAAUAUGUACCGAUACUGGACAAGCAUGUUCUCUCCAAAGUGUUUGACCAGGUUCUUCCUUUAGCUCAUACCUCAGGAAGUAACCGCGACGAAGUACAGCUGGUCAACCCUCAAGCAGUAAAUCUGAAGGCGUACGAGGCACGACUAGAAACAGCUAUUGAAGACUAUACCAGGCGUCUCAGUGAGCUGGUGUUCGUUCACCUUAGCGAUGAAGAAAGAAUGAAGUAUCGAGAAGACAGAGUUCCAUCGUUUCCUGACAAUAAACCGUCAAUGAUGGAUGACUUAGAAAAACAAGGCUGGCCGGUUGACCCGGGUGAUAUCAACUUGUUAGAGAGAGAGAUCGAGCAAGCUCAAACAUUCCUCCUGCAAUCAAGAGAUUUGCGACAGAAAUCAGAAGAGGCCUCACGUGAAAUUGCAGAGCAGCAAAGAAAGGCCCGCGAAGAAGCAGAAAACAAGAGAAUCGAGCAAAUUAUGACAAAGACUGCCAAGCCUGCUCCUGCUCCUACCCAGUCCGUCUCGAAUAAGAAUCGCCUUCUAAACCACAAGGUCCUGGCGCGAAACGAAGUGGAUGGCUUUUACUACGCAGGCGUGGUAUCGCGCUGCCUGAAUCCGCGUUAUGUCGAGGUUGACUUCAGGGACUUUGACCGACAGGUGGUUUCCGCCAGAUACGUCAUUACCGUGCAGGGAGCCAGGCCUUGUCCCUCGCUCAAGGUGGGUGAUUAUGUGCUUGUCAAGACCCUCGUUCCACGCGAGGAGGAAGAUGACAAGAUCAGUGACGGCGUGCAGUGUUAUGUCCCAGGGAUUGUUCAAGUUGUACCCCUGAGAAAAGCCCCGGCUACCAAGUGCUACACUAUACUGCGGUAUAACGGAAAGAAGAUCACGUCUCUUAGGAAUGACCUGGUAAAGAUCUCCAAGGCACGUUACACGUUUGCAUGUCGCUACAUCAGAGACGCCUUGCUGUCUUCAUAUCGAUCGACAACACCUUUUGGGAUGUACACAAAGGGUGAUGAGGACGAUAAAGAUAAUGGAAAGGGAGACGAGUCUCCUCGUAGUCAAGCCAGCAGUCGUAAAAGUAGUCACUCGAGCCACUCCAGCAAGGGCAGCCGUGGAAGCAGCCGCGCCAGCAGUCAUGGUAGCAGAAGCCGUAGUGCAAGCCCCAAGGGAAGCUCUGGGGGAAGCCCUGCACCCUCGUCCAAAGGGGCGUCACCCCGAGAGGCGUCAGAAGACAGACGAUCUUUUGAAGAGCUGAAGAAAGAGCUAGAGGAGGAACACAGGAGGCAGCUGAGCGAGGUGGAGAAAAAGAUCGAGGAUCUGCAGAGGAAGUUGGAGGAAGAGAGAGAACGACACGAAAAGGCGGCGAAUGAGCUGAAGGAGAAACGGCGUGAGCUGGACGAUGAGCAGCAGAAGUUUUUACAGCAGCAGAUUGAUGAACAGAAUAACAGACAAAAAGAGAUUCAAGAAGAACAGAAGCGCGUUCAGGACCAGCAGCAAGAUCUGCUGAGGAAACAGAAAGAACAACAAGAACAGCUUCUCAUGCAACAAUUCAACCAGACACAACAACUCCAGUUGCAACAACAACAACUCUUACAGCAAUUAGCGAACAAUCUUGCGGAUAACAGAGCCGAGAGACCGCGAGUCAAGCUUCCCGAUUUGCCAGCGGUCUCCCCUCCGAGAUCACGCUCGAUAUCCCCACCCAGUGCCUCAUCGGCUCACUCGUCCCCACGCUCCUCUCCUAGAGGAUCGACCAAAGGUUCCGAGAAGUCUUCAUCCAAAGGCACGCCUUCUCGUACUUCGGAGAAAAAGUCCGCGAAAUCGUCUUCUCCUGGCUCGCCAAUUGCAGAAUCUUCUAGACCUACUUCUGCCCGUCCUCGGUCCUCUAGAAGAUCAUCUAGCAACAGUCUGCCACUGGGAUCUGAAGGUGAACAUGACGAAGAAAAACCUGAUAGUGGAGACGAAGACAAGCAGUCUAAACACAGCGAGAAGGACAAAUCGUCAUCAUCGUCAUCAUCCUCUUCGUCGUCGUCAUCGCCAGCAGUAUCGGACAAUGAGCAGGAAGCAGAAGAGGCUCCGGCCCCUGCUGGCAGUGAAGAGGAACCCCCUGCUAUCCAGUUUCACGUUUCCAAUGGCAAUGAAGCGUGUCUGCUUACCAAGGGAUCUCAAGGGCUCUUAAUUUCUCGCCUUCCUCCAGACCAGGACCCCGCGGUUGAAAGUGGUCGUGUUAUGAGACCUGUCCAGGUGGGAGAAGAAGUUCUAGCCCGUUGGUCUGACGAAGGAUGGUAUUAUAGAGGUACAAUCCGUCAAGACUGUGGAGACGGUAGUUAUUUGGUAGAAGACAGUCUGGGCGACUUGGAGCAGAUUUACAUGCAACAUAUUAUCACAGACGCUGAUGACGCCGAUAAUGAAAUUGACGUUCACGACCCUGUGAUUGCACUCCAUCCCUCGUUUCCUUACAGCUAUGCACCAGGCACUGUACUCCAAAAAGACGUGAACGGUUUAUACGUGCGGCAUUACGAUGGAAUCGAGAGUGUCAUUCCACGAGAGGAGACCUACCUGCUCACCCCGGAGAAGUUCGAGAGUGACUGUCAGUACAUUCUGCAUUGUGAAGAGAGCUUGGUCGGCCAGGCGGUGGUAGCCAGGAACGAACAAGACGGCAUGUUCCAUCUCGGUACGUGAUCCUUCAGCAGAUGUACAGUUUAAAACUCUCAGCCUAAAGUCAGAAAUGUGGAGAAGUAUCAUGCAUGGUGAUUAAUCGAUCGAUCGAUCGAAUGAUUGAUUGAUUGAUUGAUUGAUUGAUGGCCGGGUAUGGCCGACGAGUUCCGGGAUUGGGGAUGGUGGGGGCUUCCUAUAUCACACUGAGAUGAAAACUUGUCGUCGUACCUGUUGAGGACUUAAAGCCGGGAUGGGAAUUGACGAAAGUUCUUUUCGUAGAACUGUUUCCCGUUGUAAAUAGCAACAGUGUUUUGGUAUGGAGGGAGUUCUGCUUGGGGAGAAAUGAAUUUCUUUUAGAUUUAGCAAUCCAACCUCUUAUAUCCCCUCGAUUUCAUGUUAAGCCUUCCAAGGGAGAAUAAGACUCUGCCCAAUAAUUUCAUUGGUGUAUUUUCGUUGGUUA